GGGACGGUUGUGUGACGGGAAAGAUGUGAUCAUUUAAGUCUAAUAAACGAAUAAAGGCACCUGGAUUUGUGCAGGACCCAGGAUGCAAAACGGACUCUGAGCUGAACACACCCCCUGUCCCUGCUGUGGGAGGAGGAUGCAGUGACAAGGAGGGGUUCAAGUUCAAUUAGGACUGCCCCCGAAAAGUUCCCACACAAAGAGGAAAAGAGAGGAACAAAGAGGGUAGCUCCAGAACUAAAACAUGGCUUUAGUAGGCAGGUCGUGGCUGCUGCUCAUAGGCUUUAUAUUGUUUUAUGUCAUCUACCUGCUGUUCGGAGCCCUGAUUUUCUCCACCAUCGAGCGGCCGAUGGAGGACAAGCUGCGACUUGAAGUGGAAGUUCUGAAGCAGGAGUUUCUGAACCAGAGCUGCGUCAGCGCCGCGUCCCUCGAAAACUUUCUGUUCAAAGUGCUGGCGGCCAACAAGUACGGCGUCUUCGUCCUCAAAAACGCCUCCGCUACCUCAAACUGGGACCUGGCAUCGUCCAUGUUCUUCGCCAACACUCUGGUCACCACUGUCGGUUAUGGUCACUCCACUCCUCUGUCUGACACUGGAAAAGCUUUCUCCAUCUUCUACGCCUUGUUAGGAGUUCCCUUCACCAUGCUGGUGCUCACCGCCUGCGUCCAGAGGCUCCUGUACCCUCUGGUCCUCGCUCCGGUGAGCCUGCUUCAGCGGUCAGGCCUGGAGCCUCGGCCCGCCACUGCCGUCCACUUUGUGUUGCUGCUGUUUCUGGUGGUGCUGUGCUUUUUUUUGGUGCCAGCAGCCAUCUUCACCAAGGUGGAGGGGUCCUGGAGCUUUUUGGAUGGCAUCUACUUCUGUUUCAUCUCUCUGUGCACCAUUGGACUGGGGGAUUUUGUGCCAGGGAUGCAGCCAGAGCAGAAGUAUAGGACACUGUAUCUUGGUGCUGUCAUGGUGUACCUGUUCUUGGGUCUGAUGAUGAUGUACCUCCUGCUACGCACCUUCCACAAGAUGUCUGACGUGCAUGGCCUGACCACCUUGCUGCAGCUGCCACGCUGUGAAGAUUCUGACCCGGAUGAGGACAGAGAGCCCAUCGUGGAUCACGCCGAGAGUCCCCAGAGGCAGACAGAAAAGGGUGCCAGCAAUCACCUUGAGCCGGGAUCACAGGUGUCCUACAACACCAUCAACAAGGGCUGAGCUGUGAGGACAGAGAGAAAAGGGAAACAAGCUCCAUCUCUCACAAAUCCCUACGUCUUGAACCACUGAUGGAACAUGAGGACUUGGUAGGCUGAUUCUGAAUUCUUGUCUCAGUUCUCUUUUUUUUUUCCCCCCCUUCUUGUUAAUUUUUCUUCCUUUUCAACUCAUUUAAAAAAUCCAUUGGGGGAAAUAUUAAAGAGGAUUGAGAUGAGUUUUAGGAUUGAGUAUUUGAGAGAGAGGGGGCCACCAAAGAGUUUAGGAGUGGGUAUCGCACCUCGUGUUGCACACAGGGACAGAUUCUCCCAACCAGGGCUAAAAGAAAAACAUUUCCCUCAUACACAGCGGUGUAACUGUGCUGUUUACAGUCUCAGGAUUGCACAUGAUGGGCUUCGGCCUAAAACUUCUGAUGGGGUUUAGUUGUUUUUUUGCUAUUUUUGUUUCCUCUUUGGUCUUCUUGCUUGUCUGCCGCAGGUUUGUGUCACUGACAAACAAAUGUUGUCUUUAAUGUAUUUGUGCUGAAGCUGAAUAUUUUACUUUUUUAUGUAGGUGCAUUCAUUGUUUAUCUCCUUCUUCUUCUUCUUCCUGGUCAGAACACCUCCCAUCUAUCCAUCCAUCCAUGUUCAUAGCACUGAUCAGACUUGAGCUAGUUUGAACCUUUCCAUCUUUAUACCACGAAUGAUCACAACUGCAGUAAAUUAAAGUUAUUAAAGCUUGAGAUCAUUACCUCAGAUUGAGUAUUUGAAGCAGCAGGAGCGUUAAGGGGAAUCUUAUUUAAUGAGACAUUGUGAAAGUAGUAGUUUUUAUGUGGGUCGGUCAUGAAGAGCAAAGAAGCCACAGAUGAGCGGUUUACCUCCUGCUUUAUGCUGCUGCCCCCUAGCGUCUGUCUGUAUGUAAUGCAACAUAUUGAUAAUUAUGUCUUUAAAUGUUCAACAUAAGAAUGGAGGGAGUGAACAAAGGAUGAAGAAAAGAAAAUGACACCAGAUAAAUAAAAUUGAGCGUUUAAUUGUGGUGAAUAAUUUUAAGAGAGAACCAAAUUUCAAAUAGAAACCUGUCCACAUCUGUGACUUCAAACAUCUGGAAUGGUGUCGAUCAGAGAAACACUUGAAAUGCACUUUAAUGGUAAAACUGAUGUGAAUAGUAAAGUUAGGUAAAAGUAGUGAAGUUAUCCAAUACUGUAAAAUAAGUUGUCUUUGUGUGUUUGUGUGUGUGUUGUAGUGUAGUUAAAUGUAACUUGUAUUCACUUUGAAAAGUUGUAAAUUAAAGAAACUUUGUAAUAUGUU